AUGCAGAUCGACGUUCUUUGCAUAGGUGCGAAAGUUCUUGACGUUGGUUCUGGUUCAGGCUACCUAACUACAUGCAUGGCUCGUCUGGUUCGUCCAGGUGGUAAAGCGGUUGGUGUGGAGCACAUUCAAGAGCUCGUCGAUCGAUCGAUCGUUAAUAUAAAGAAAAAUCAUGCUGCUCUAUUCGACGAGGGAAGUUUAAAGAUUCUCAAAGGCGAUGGUCGACAAGGUUAUGCUGCCGAAGCACCCUACGAUGCCAUUCAUGUCGGUGCUGCUGCACCAGAUACACCUCAUGAACUAAUUCGUCAACUGAAACCUGGUGGUCGACUUGUUUCACCUGUCGGUGGAUCUCAUGGUCAAGAAAUGAUUACAUAUGACAAGAAAGAGGAUGGAAGUUAUCGUGAAGAACGACAUAUGGGCGUGAUGUAUGUGCCAUUAACCGACGAGCAAAAGCAAUAUGCAAGUGCAGGAAUUCGCAAGGAUUUAUAA